CCUUACUCUCACUAGUUUCGUUUCUGUCAGUUAGGCAGAGCCUUUAGCGACAGCCUUUAGCUUCACACCUAUCAUCUCUGCUCAAGCCUCAAAGAGACCGAGGAGUUGCUGCACAGAGGAGACUGAAUACAUUCAGGACAUCACGGCAGAGAUGGCAGGCGUUAGCUUUGUUAGCUUGUUGGUGGCCGCCUUCAUCCUGAGCUCAGAGCUCACUUUGGCACAAAAUCCUCCUGCUUCAGUGGUGCCCCCUGCUAUGUUUGGAAGCACUGCUGCUUCAACUAAAAUCCCUGCUCCCACCACUGCGACUACAGUUCACAUCACCACCACUGCUAUUCACAACACAACUGCUCACACCAAUGCCACCACUACUGCUGUUCCUGCAAAUGCAACAACUGCCUAUGUCAACAUUACCACCACUGCCCCAGUCCAAAAUACAACUGCCACCUUGACAACCCCUCACUCUGCGCACACCACCACUCAUAAACCUCAACCAACGCCACCGACCAACCUCACCGUGGGUAACUACACCUACAAGUCUGGAGGCAAGCUGUGUGUUAUGGUCCUUGCAGCAAUCCAGGUCAACGUGAGCAACUCUAAGGCUACAGGUCUAUUCAUUGUUCAGCCAAACAGUGUCACUGUUGCCGGGAACUGUGAUGCCAGUACAUCUAAUAUUGACCUGAAGUUCAAGGAGGGAAGUAUCUCUUUGGGCUUUGUCAAGAAUGACACCACAAAGAAGGUCUAUGUCAACACUGUGGCUGUCAACUUGAUCUACGCCUUCUCAAAUGGAGGCUUGUACAAUAUCUCCAAAACGAAUACAUCACUUCAGCUUUUCAGUAUGGAGGUGGGUCACUCCUAUUCCUGCAAGUCAGAGCCUGUCUUUCUUGGUGACGGUAUUAAUCUAGACUUCUCAAAGCAGAAGAUUCAAGCCUUUAACUUCAUCAACAACCAGUUUGGCCCAGUUGACCUGUGCAAGGCUGACCAGCCUAACUACAAGGUGGCCAUUGCUGUAGGUGUGGUCCUGAUCAUCCUCAUUGUCAUCGUGGUUAUAGCUUACUUGAUCAGCAGGAGAAAGAGAACAGAUGGGUACCAGACUCUCUGAAAGACUCCAUCGAUUAACAGAAGAGGACAUCGUCAUCAUUAGUGCUACUUAAAACAGCAUUAUACAGUUAGAACCAGCACUCGUAUUUUUAAACAGUUAAGAAAAAGGAAUUUUUUUGUUAAUGCCUGCUCUGUGAAAACUGACAUCCUUCAAUACAGGCAUCAGGUAUUGCUGCUCUUGUAGCCGAUACAAUCUGUACAGCCACUAAAAUUGCACUAAAGUGAAAUCAGAUUUCUGAAUAGCAGAUUUGUUGUACAAAGGUGCUCUAAAUGCAGCAUGUAGUUUCAGUUCCUAGUGCUUCUGCCUACCUAGUUCACCUAGUAAAUCACAAAGGGAUCUUUUGUGCUUUCCUUACUGUGCUUUAAACGUCUUAAACCUUAUGUAUGUGUAUAAUUGCACUCAUUAUUUUCAUUAGCAGUGUUUUUUUCCAAAAUUAUGCUUGACUGUGACCCCCCCCCCCUCCGACAAUUACUGGAUCCAAUAUGAUUUUGUUGAAUAUUCAAUAUAGUUCAAUAUAAUUCAAUAUAAUAUUCAAUAUUCAAAAAGAAAAUGGAAGACUGAUCAUAGUUCAGUAGUAAAUCCUAAAAAACAGCUUCAUUACCAAAGAUAUUUACAAGCAAUAUCAACUGCAAAAUGUGCCUAUUAUUUUACAGAACGAGAACAAUGAUAUACAAUUUGCGGCACUUUAUUAUCACUUAGUUUCAAGGAUAUCAUCUGACUGAUAAAAAAAAAAAACAGAAAACCCAAAUUACGUUUUUGUUGAUUUUCUAUGUGAAAAUAACACAUUCUCUGGGAUCGUACUUAAAUAUAGUACUUUUCUGCAGAUAUUAGUACAUUAUUUUCUGUAUUUGCUGAAUUAUUGCUGCAUAUAUAUAAACUGUAAAAGUGCUUUAACUUUUGCACAGGCCAAAAUUCAAAAAUACUAAAGAAAAUCUCUUUUUGUUCUAUUUUUAUUUGUAUGCAUAAUUUGAAGACAACAGCUCCAAAAUUGCUUGAAAGGGUUAACUUCAACUAAAAGUAAAGAACAUAUUUGCCAUCUGCUAUUAAAGUACAAUUUUGGGGGAUAGCUUCUUUUUGUAGAGCAAUGAUAUGCAAAGUCUCCUCUAAGGGUCUGUAUCUCAAACUAAGCACUGACAUAAUAAAGAAUGAAAAUGGCUGAUUAUAUAAAGGACAUGUUUUAGUAUUAAACUGUUAAAAUAUUUGCUGUUAUUCCCCACAUUUUUCAGAAUGAUGUUCGCUGAAUUUAUGAGGUAAGAAAUGCAAAAAUGAUUUCAGGUACACUCUUCAAAAUAAAGGUUCAUAAUGGUUCUUGGCUUAGACAAGUGGCGCUAGGAAAAGUGUUUGAUAUAGAAUCAUUACAUUAAGUGGAUCUUCUUAAAACGUCAAAAUGUUCUUCACUCACACAUCAUUUUCUAAAUGUUUUUUGUAAGAACCAUCCAUUGAAAAGGUUCUUUACGGAAUACAAAGUGUGUAUCUUACAUUCUGUUUUUGUUUUUUUGUUUUUUUAAUUGGCUGUUGCAUCUUAGCAAAACAUUAUAAAUUUAGCAUCUACGUUUGAUCUAUAAUUUCUUCAGUAUAUGCCAAUUUUCCUGUAGCUUAAUUUAGCUUGAAUAAAGCUAAGGUAGCUCCUUUAAAGCAGCCUAGCUGAGUUUUUGUCUAGUAUAUACAGCUAUAGCUCUGAUCCAUUGAGUUUCAUGAUUUGUUUCAGCAUCCUGGGCCAUUGUCAGUGUGCUACUGACUACUGACAUAUGCCUUUAUAGGCUUAGUAGCACCUUUUUUUUCAGUGAUGGACAACAACUCAAUUAGGGCACCUUUAAGAAAUGGAAAUGUAAAGGAAUAAAGGGAAUAUGAACAUGAUUGUGGCCUAAUAAAUAAAUAUCUUCCAAAAAA